AUGGUUUCUGCCGGUGGUGCAGGGUCAACUACAUUUUCGAGUUUUGUUCAAGGGGGGCAUGGUGGUGGGAUUAAAGGAAUUCCUGGAUCACAAUAUAUAUAUGGACGAUCUUCUGAUUCCCUCACUAAUUCAAUUGGUGCAAGCAAUGUUUUUGGAGGAAUUUCAGGAUUGCCAAGCACUAAGAAUUCUAGUACUAUUAUCAAUGGAUCUUUUGGAAUUGCUGCAGGCUCAAUGAGUCCUUCUUAUGGUUCUGGAGGCGGUGGGGGAUAUUAUGGAGGUGGUGCAGGUAAUCAUGUUGGAAAUACUGUCGGAACUGGGUCAGGAGGAUCAUCUUUUAUAUCAGGAUACAAAGGUUGUAAUGCGAUUUCAGAAAAAUACACUCUGAGUAAUCCAAUUCACACAAGUAAACCUGAACAUUACUCAGGCUUUGUAUUUGCAAACCCUAUUAUGAAAGAUGGUCCUACUAUUAAAUAUAUUGGGAAUGGUCAAGCCCGCAUCACUGUUCUUCAUCUUAGCAUUUUGAACCGCGAAAGAGUCUAUAUUAAAAAGUGA